AUGCGCUGGUUUCCAACAUUUUUAAGUUUUGCCUACUUCUCACGUAUUGCAUGGCUUGUCUUGAGCAAUAUGCACAUGUUUCAAUGGGUUGAAGGCUCAGCACCUAAUUUUCAAUUCGAGCACAUGGUCUUUGUCACGCCAUUAUUACCAACAGAUAUUGAUAUUUAUGUACUUGGCGUCACAAGCUUUGGAAAAUUGGCUACAUUACUUUAUUUUUCAGCUUUUACACUUCUUCUUCGGUUUUGGGAAGAUGUACGUGCACAAGCUCGACGAGCUGAGAAACCAUUGGCUCGAGUAGCAGCUAAUCAAUCAGUUAUUGCGGAAUAUACGCGUGGAGCUGAAGAGAUGGUGCUUUUUGAAAUGGAAUAUGGUUUUGUGGCUUUAUGUUUCUUUCUGCUUGCUGUCAUGCUCGCAAGGUGCGCACUGCAGCUACGUGGUAUCCUACUCAAGAUUGAAUUUUCAGCUCUAGCUGCUACAAUUGCCAGACGACUUUCACUUAUCGGUCUUGUCUCGUCGCUUCUCUUCUUUUAUCGAAGUACACUUUUGUUCUUUUCCAUGCCAGCUAUUGACGUCUUUGACCCACAUGUAUCGAAUCCGUGGCUCUUUUACGCGAUUCCGGAACUGAUUCCAGGAGCUUUGGUUAUAUACAUGAUGAAUGUCAAGCGACAGCAUCCAUCACCGCCAACAUGGGGACAUCUGAAAAUUGACGAACAGACGCCGCUACUGCAGGAGCUCCGAAGACUUUCUAUCGAUGUACCAAACUUUCGUGGACAGGAGCUGCAUAUUUAA